AUGAAGAUAUCCCUUCUCUUCCUUCCCCUGCUGUCGGGUAUCGCCGCUGGUCAAUUGAUUGGCCCCGUAGGCCCUACAACAGCCCUCGAGAACAAAAAUAUCGAGUGCAACAUCCUCGAUUAUGGCGGAGUUGCGGAUAAUAGCACCGAUAUAUCGACCGCACUAGAAACUGUGUUUUCCGAAUGCGUCCUCAAAAAUCCAGGUAGCCGUCUCAUUGUACCAGAAGGUGAAUAUUUGAUCAAGCGAGGUGUUACGCUCAGUAAUGGUACAAACUGGGCUUUCCAACUGGAUGGAUUGAUUACUGCUGCGUAUGGAGGAGACUGGACAAUUGCGCGUGAGUUGGUACUCCAAGGAUAUGCAGGAAGUGACAUCAUCAAUGCCACCAUCAAUGGAGAGGGUGACCAAAAGUUUUUGUUAGAUGUUCUUAUUAUUGUCAAUGCUGUGGAUUUCGAGUUUUAUUCUUCGAAUGGCAAGGGCGCUUUCCAAGGACAAGGAUAUAUUUACCGGAACCUCAACAACACUGAUCGCCCUCGCCUCAUACGUUUGAUUUCUCCAACAAAUGCCUCGGUACAUGACUUGAUCCUUGUCGACAGUCCCAAGUUUCACAUCAUUCUCGAUUUCGCUGUCAACGUGGAAGUUUAUCAUCUCACGAUUCGGGGAGGGAACUUGGGCAGUUACGAUGGCAUUGAUGCUAUUGGAACCAACUAUCACAUCCAUGACAACGAGGUCACAAAUCGCGAUGAAUGCGUUUCAGUGAAAAGCCCGUCUCAUCAUGCUUUGGUCGAGAAUUUGGUCUGCAACCAGGCUGGGUCCGGAAUAUCCAUCGGCAGCUUGAAUGUGUCUGCUGAGAUCUCCAACAUCGAAGCACGUAAUAUCAGCAUUAUCCAAGGCAACAACAUCGCUCUUAUCAAGACAUAUCCUGGGGGAUCUGGAUACGUCACCAACAUUUCGUUCUCCAAUUUCCGUUCUCUUGGAAGUUUGUAUGGGUUGGAUAUCAAUCAGUAUUGGCAAAGCACUUUCGAGCCCGACACUGGUGCUGUCGCAUUGAGUAAUCUAGUUUUCCGGAACUUCACUGGAUCCGUUGCUGAUGGUGUAAAGCGCCCUCCACUGUACCUUAUUGCAAACGACCUCACGUAUGCAACGAAUGUCACAGUCGAGGAUUUCAGCAUUUGGACAGAAGCAGGUACCUCGGUUGUCAACAAGAUUAGCAACAUAUUUGGAACUGGAGACAACAGUUACGGGCCCAAUAACGGCAUUGCACCCCUGAAUUCUGGCCAGUCUCCUUAUACUUACACUAGCACAUAUACAAUUACCGCAUCCCCAACUGGAUGGAAAACCCCAAGCACUCCGACAUGGGCUGCACCUAGUACCGGCUAUGGCACUGCAUCUCCUAUCCCCGUGUAUAGUCCUGCUCCCCUUUGGCGCCCUGGUGGAGUGGACUAUGAUUUACAUUACUGGGGAAGUUUCUAA